AUGGAAAACAAGAAAAGUAAUAAACCAUUUUAUGCCUUGCCUGAGAAAACACCCACAAGUUCUCAGAUUGUCAGCGAUGCUCGUUCAUCGCUCCGUAAAUUGAACACUCGCCGACCCAAUACCCCUAGAGAUGAGCAAAGGCAUUUAUUUCCAUUUUCCACCAACAGAACCCCAGAGUCAAGGCCACCGAGUUCAUUUAGUUUAACUUCCAGACACUUUGAUGGAGCCGACUCUAGACCACCGUCUGGAACAAAACUUUCUCCUCUAGAACAUCACCCUAAGCCAGUGAACCCUGCUGACCUGGAAACUGUCUUGGUGCCACGACCUCCGUCCUCUGACCCCACAAAAUUGUUACCACAUAGGGCAGCAUGUGCUCCACCCAAGAUUCCUGCUGCACUCAGUCUGUACAGCAGUGAUUCCUCUUUGUCUCGAUCUGGUCAAGGAGAUGACUGUAGUUUGCUGGAGUCAUCAUUUGCGAAGACGUCUGCUGAGAUCUGCAGUUCUGAUUCAGGGAUAGAAUCAGUAGGCAGAGCCACCCAUGUAGUGUCACAUGGAUCAAAUGUUGGGAGUGAUAGCAGAUCAAGCAGUGCUGGCAGUAGAAAAUCUAGUGCUGGAAAGUCUAGAACCACUGAUGGAUCAGAAAAAUUGGAUGACUUUUAUGCUCUUGAAAUUGAUCCCUUAGUUACAGAAUUGGCAUCUGUUACAAAAAAGAAAGACUGUGAUCACAUCCAGGAAGUGGCGGAGAAGUUGUACACCACUCUAGAGCGUCAUGGCUGCUUCACAAAACAGUUUCAUCAUCGGUCUCAGAUUCUGAAAGUUAUAUUUAAGCUACUGGAUGUUGAUGAACCGAGAGUGUUGCUGAAACUGUCCAGACUUAUUCUUGCAUUUAAAGUGAGCAGCAACAAUUUGCUAAAUAUCUGCAAACUUGUUUUCAAAGUCAGUCGCAAUGAUGCAAAUGAUCUGUAUUUUCUUGAGGACAAUAUUCUAAAUUUGCUCCUGGAGACAGUCCACAGUACAGACCAUGUUACAUCAUGUGAAGCCCUCAUCUACUGCAUUGGAACCAUCAAAUUCCUAUCUGGCAAUAGCGACAUAUUAAAACGUUUGGCCAAAUUGGAUUGUGUGAAAACUUUGGCAGCUCUCAUUCAUGCAAUUAACAAAACAAAUCAAGAUAAUGGCAGACCGGUUGAUCAGUAUGGGAAUAUUCUUGUACAGUUAACUGCAACUUUGAGAAAUCUGGCAGACACCACUUCUGGCCGUGACAGGUUUCUGACCUACAAUGUGAUCAGUGGACUGGUUCAGUUAAUGAAUUCGUACCCUGGAGACAGCGACCUGAUGCUGUAUAUUUCCAGAAUUUUCAGUAAAAUAACUCUUCAUGCUGAUUGUUGUUCGGUAUUAGCCAACCAGCCUGCAUGCUACAGAGCAUUUGUAAACCUGCUGAAGAAGCAUUUAUUUAAAGAUGAUUUGAUUGUCCGUUUGUGUUUUGUCCUGGGAAAUCUCACCAUCAAGAAUGACAGUGCUCGAUUGAAGCUGUUCCAAGAACCUGACUGUGUGGAGACCUUACUUCUCAUCCUCAGAACAUACCUAGAGCUUGAUCAGCAGGGAAUAACCACAUCAGUACGAGGCACCGAAGAAGUCACUAACUCUGAAGAAAAGGAUAAAGAGCUAGAACCAAACAAAGUUGAAGAUGUCUUAAUCAAGGUGAUGAGAGUGUUGGCCAACCUGUCCAUCAAUGAGGACGUGGGGCAAGCAGUUGCAUCCAAGCCUGACAUUGCUAACUUAUUACUUAGUAUUAUUGAUCAGAAAGAUAUUAAUGAUCAUGAAGAGCUGGUGAUCAAUGGUGUUGUGGCCAUUAACAACUUGUCCUACUACAUCAUGCAGGACUCUUCUCAGAUGCAGUGUCAGCAGAAUAUGGCUCAGUCUCUACUAAAAUUGAUCAUGAACAACAAUGUGGAAGGAAUUCUAGAGGCUGCCAGGGUGUUUGGGAAUCUGACAAGACAUAAGCAAAUCCGAGACUUCCUGUCACAGAACAAGGUGGAUGCAAUGAUGGUGACACUGCUGGACUCUGGGAGCAGGGAGCUGGUGUAUAUCGCAUGUGGUGUUCUGAUCAACUUUAUGCAGGAUGAGGAAAAAAGACCGUUGCUGAAGAAGGAAGGAGGGAUUAAAAAACUUAUUGAUGUGUUGCGAGACUUUGGCCGAGAAGACUGGCAACUGAGUGGAAGUGUUUGCAAAGUGCUGGUCAAUUACAGCUGCCGAAUGCACUCUAGUGAAGCCACAUUUGGACAGGUGGAGGUGGCAGAGCUGUCCGAAUUGCUUGCUGAGUACUUAGACAAAGAGUGUGCUCUGGGAGAGUCUCUGGUCAAUGCUGCAGAUGUGGAGAUGAGAGAGUAUAUCGAAGAUUCUUGGCAUGAUGAAUUCUACAAAGUUGGAACUCAGCUGUUGAAGCGAAUAGAAUCGCAUUCAUCUCCCCUGGAGCCUCUUGAAGCACCGUCUUGA